CGGGUUACCAAAAUUGACCGUUAGGUUUUGGAAUGAUAGUUGGGGUUAUUUUUCAAGUCUAAAGAUUUCUUUCCUGGACCAAUAAAAAAUCCAAAUCCAAUUCAUUCUAAAUUCAUAACCAUUUGUACCCCCAACAGAUAUAUAGAUCCUUUAUUAUUUCAUUUCCUUCCAUUGAUUCAUGAAAAAUUCAAAAUCCAAAAACUAGUUUUUUUUGCUGGGUAAAAUCCAAACACCACCUUAACUUUGAUAAAACAGUUCAAGUAAUUCAUAUUCAAAACUAUCAUGUUUGCAAUAUUGCCUUGAAUAAAUAAUCUCAAAUAACCUUUUUUUCUGAGAUGGGAUCCCCAUCAUCGUUCCUAUUCCAUGCUUCCAAUUCAAACUUGCUGUAGUAAGCACUUUAACUGUUGUAUACUCUGGCAGUUACCAAUUUUGAUACACUUUUUGUUUAAAAGAAUUAAAGUUCCAACCAAUUCUUAGAAAAUAUUCCAAAGCUUCCCAAAUACUCUUUUUCUUUUUCUCAAACAGGGAAAAAAAAAAAAAAAAAAGUCAGAAAAGUAAAUACUUUUAAAGAUCCAUUAAAACAGUCGGUCGGUUCUACUGAAGGUCGAUGCACUCGGUGAAGUUUCUUGAUCUCCGAAGGGUCUAGGCUUUACUGCAUAGAAAUCUGGAACGACGAUAUAUAUUAUACAUCUAAAAAGAAGCAAAAUUUUUGGAAUGUUCGUACAGUUCCAUGAAUAAACAAGUGGGAUCAGCCUCUCUGUCUGCCUUGUGUACUACAACUUCUAUCUUCUCUAUCAUUGAGGUUUUAGAGAGAAAAACAAUUCAGAUUGGCUCUCUAUAGUUCUGCAAUCCUCAAUACCCACCAAAGGUUUCUCCUUUUCCUCUAUCAUUUUAUAUCAAAACCUUAAAAAAAAAAAAAAAAAAAAAAAAAACAACCUUCCCCAGUGACUCUUAUGGCGGUUCCUCACACUCAAGCAGAGAACCCCGCAACACAGACCCCACUUUUAGACCCAUCACGGACAGUUCUUCAACAAGAAGAACCAAAUGAUGAUCAGCUAAACCACUUCCUCCAUCGCUUGGAAACUUUUCUCAGAGUCUUUGGCUUUUGCCAGUACUCUUUUGUGAGUGUCACUCUCUGGUGGGUCUGGUUCUUAAUUUUGGGUGUUGGGGUUCCACUUUUGUUUAUCGAGAUCUCUUACUGCUCUGAUUGUGAGAGGUAUCAAGUCAAAAGCUUCGAGCUUCAGAUUCUGGUUUCCGAGUCGUUUGCGGCAGCCAUUUCUCUUAUCUGCAUCUCUCACAACCUGCGCAAGUAUGGUUUCCGGAGGUUCUUGUUUGUGGAUAGGUAUCAUGGUCAUAUGACUCAGUUUCGUGAGGAAUACAUUCAAAAGAUCAAUGGCUUUUUCCGCCUAUUGGCAGUAUGUGCAUUACCUUGCUUCCUUUUGAAGGCAGUUCGUGAAGCCUUUCGAAUCAGAUAUAUUCACCAUCUCUCAUGGUGGCAAUCCGUGGUUGCAUUGUUUGCUGUGCUUGUCUCUUGGACUUAUUCGAAUAUAAUUUUUCUAUCAGGUAGCGUUCUGUUUAAUCUGGUCUGCAACUUACAAGUUGUACACUUUGAGAAUUAUGGGAGACUUUUAGAAAGGGAUCUAGAUGUUUCUGUUUACAUUGAGGAACACAUUCGUCUAACACACCAUCUAUCCAAGAUUAGCCACAGGUUUCGAAUAUUCCUUCUUAUGGAGUUCUUGGUUGUGACUGCUAGUCAGUUUGUGUAUCUAUUGCAGACUACAGGAAAUCGAGGAAUCAUCAACUUCGUCAAUGGUGGCGAUUUUGCAGUCUCCUCUAUUGUUGAGCUCGUUGGUAUAAUUAUCUGCCUCCAUGCAGCUGCAAAAAUUUCACACAGAGCACAAGGUCUUGCAUCGGUUACUAGUAGAUGGCAUGCUUUGGUAACAUGCAACUCUAAUGAUGCAUCCCAAUUGGGAAUUCCAAAUAAUGGUGGAAACACAGAGCCCACUAAUCCUCCUGCAGCAGCAUCAUUAUCCAUAAGCUACUCUGAAAGUGAUCUAGAGGCGGCUGAUUUUGUACCAGAGCCUACAAAUACUCAGUUGGUUUCAUCUAUGUCCUCAUAUCACAAAAGACAAGCUUUUGUUAUAUAUAUGCAGACCAAUCCUCGAGGGGCUACCGUCUUUGGAUGGACAAUUGAUCGGGCACUGAUUGGUACCCUUUUUUUUCUCGAGCUCUCCCUGGUUCUCUUUGUACUUGGGAAAACCAUAACUUUCAGUACUAAAUGACAAAUCUCCAGAAAGUCAAGUGUUCACUCUGCACUUGGAGGACCCGGAAAAGAGUGUUGAAGCGCACCUUCCAGCUCCUGGAUCCACAUUUUAUUUGGAAGGGAAUAAAAAAAAAAAAAAAAAAAAAAAA